AGAACCUUUGAAGGACUCCCCAUUGCUCACGGCCUACAGAAUCGAAAUAUCAAACCUGUUCAAUGUGGGGCGCUGUUUUAAAUUUUGCCCUUUUACUUACUUCCCUGAUGUGGCAGCUGUCCAGAAGCACCUGUGCAUUAGACCUGUUAAAUUAUGAAGGCUCAUGCAUUUUGAGACACUGCUCAACAAUGGAGGAAACAGACAGGGAAGCAGUUGCAACAGCUGUACAGAGAGUAGCUGGAAUGCUUCAGCGACCUGACCAGUUGGAUAAAGUGGAGCAGUACCGUAGGAGGGAAGCUCGUAAGAAAGCCUCAGUGGAAGCUCGACUAAAGGCAGCAAUCCAGUCACAGUUGGAUGGGGUACGAACUGGUUUAAGCCAACUGCAUAAUGCACUGAAUGACGUAAAGGACAUACAGCGAUCUUUGAUAGAUGUCAAUAAAGACUGGCGACAAAGUAUUAACACCAUAGAAAACCUCAAGGAUGUUAAGGAUGCUGUAGUCCAACAUAGCCAGCUGGCAGCAGCUGUAGAAAACCUCAAAAAUAUCUUCUCAGUGCCAGAGAUAGUUAGGGAGACUCAGGAUUUGACUGACCAAGGAGAACUUCUGCAAGCCCAUCGAAAGUUGAUGGAUCUAGAGUGUUCUCGUGAUGACCUAAUGUAUGAGCAGUACCGUAUGGAUAGCAAGAACACCCAUGACAUGAAUCUUAUUCAUAUUUAUUUUGGGGAUAUGCAAAAACUCUCAGAGGAGCUUUCCAAACAACUCUGGAUGGUGGUUCAAAGAUCUCUAGUUACUGUUCGGCGAGACCCAACCUUGCUUGUCUCAGUUGUCAGGAUAAUUGAGAGGGAAGAAAAAAUAGAUAGGCGCAUGCUAGACCGGAAAAAACAAACUGGGUUUAUUCCUCCUGGCAGGCCAAAGAAAUGGAAGGAAAAAAUGUUUAAUAUUUUGGACAGAACUGUAACUACCAGGAUUGAAGGCACUCAAGCAGAUACUAGAGAAUCUGACAAAAUGUGGCUUGUGCGCCAUCUGGAAAUCAUACGCAAAUAUGUCCUUGAUGAUCUGCUAGUGGCCAAAAAUCUAAUGGUUCAGUGUUUCCCCCCACAUUAUGACAUUUUCAAAAAAUUACUGAGCAUGUAUCACCAGGCUUUGUCCACACGCAUGCUGGAUCUUGCUUUAGAAGAUCUGGAAGCAAAUGAGAUUGUUAGCCUUUUAACCUGGGUCUUAAAUACAUAUCAAAGCACAGAGAUGAUGGGAAAUUUGGACCUGGCCCCAGAAGUAGAUGUAAAUUCCCUAGAUCCUUUAAUUUCACAAAAUGUGGUGGAUCAGCUUCUCAGCAAGUACAUGUCAACACUUACUUCUAACAUCAUUGGUUGGCUACGAAAAGCACUGGAGACAGAUAAAAAAGACUGGAUAAAAGAAACUGAACCAGAAGCAGAUCAAGAUGGGUACUAUCAGACUACACUCCCAGCUAUUGUUUUUCAGAUGUUUGAACAGAAUCUUCAGGUGGCUGCUCAGAUAAGUGAAGAUUUGAAAACAAAGGUACUGCUUCUCUGUCUUCAGCAAAUGAGUUCGUUUCUCACAAGGUACAAAGAAGAGGCCCAGUUUUAUAAAGAGGAGCACCUAAAAAAUCGUCAGUAUCCUCAGUGCUAUGUUCAAUAUAUGAUUGCAGUAAUCAACAACUGUCAGACCUUUAAAGAAUCUAUAAUCAGUUUGAAAAGGAAAUACUUGAAAAAUGAAAUGGAAGAGGGAUUGUCAAGCAGCCAUGCAAACAUGGAUGUAAUUUUAGAUACCAUUGCCAAGGAAGGAUGCUCUAGCCUGCUAGAUGAAGUCUUCAUGGAUUUAGAGCCGCAUCUCAAUGAGCUGAUGACAAAGAAGUGGCUGAUUGGAUCUAAUGCUGUGGACACUAUCUGUGUCACUGUAGAGGAUUAUUUCAAUGAUUUUGCAAGAAUUAAAAAACCCUAUAAAAAGAAAAUGACUGUUGAGGCCCAUCGUAGAGUGGUUGUGGAAUACAUCAGGGCUAUUAUGUUAAAACGUAUAUCUUUCAAGAAUGCAGAAGAGAGAAAAGAAGGUGCAGAAAGAAUGAUCAAAGAAGCAGACCAGUUCAGAUUUCUAUUUAAAAAGUUAGCAGCUGGAUCAGGAGAGGACACCGAAGGACUUUGUGACAUCAUUGUAGCCAUUGCAGAAGUUAUCAAGCUGACUGAUCCUUCAUUGCUUUAUCUGGAAGUCUCAACAUUAGUUAGUAAAUACCCAGACAUCAGAGAUGACCACAUUGCGGCUUUGCUGACAGUAAGAGGAGAUGCCAGCAGGGACAUGAAACAGACCAUCAUUGAAACUCUGGACCAAGGUUCAAGCCAACCAAAUCCUAACUAUGUGCCAAUUUUUAAAGAAAUCACCGUUCCUACACUAAGUGUGCCAAAACUUCUUAAGUAACUGUGAUAAGCUUGAGUUCAUGUGUCAGUUUUGGUAUGGGGUCAACAUAUUUGAAUGUUAUAAGGCAAAUUUGGCAAUGUCACUUUAAAGGACACCUAAUACAAUGUUACUUACUAGAUAUACGUUUUUUAAAAUGUUUGGUGCUGACAGCUGUAAUGAAGAUCCUGGAAAUAACCAGCUGUAGAAAUCAAUAGCAUGGCUGCUUGAAGAAUUAAAUUUUCUGAUGGCCAGAGUACUUUGUACUGACUAUUGAUAUGUUACAGCCAUAGGCACCAUCAACAAAUAUAUUUUCUCACAAUUACUUAACCUACUACUUUGUGUAUUUACUUUGAUGUAAAAUUAUUUCAGAAAAUUUAAUUAUGAAAUUCAAAAAUGGCUUAAUAAAAUGACUGAACUAGAUAGUAUAUAAUUUGGUUCUAGGGUGAAUAAAUGAAAGAAUUUAAUACCUAAGGUACAGUAAUAUUUUUUCAUCCAUUUGACUUCCACGGAGUGUAUAUUAAGCACUGCCAGAUGCUAAAUUAAAUAAAAUGUUAUAGC